GUUUGGGAUUCUCAUGAACUGUCCAAAAGUCUUCUGCCAAAGUACUUCAAGCACUGCAAUUUCUCCAGCUUCAUCCGCCAGCUUAAUACUUAUGGUUUCAGGGAGGGAAGAAACAUUUGCUCAAGAAUAUUAAGAGAAGAAACAGGUACAACAAGCAGCAAAUAGCGAUGGCCAUGACUUUAGAAGAUUUGACAAAGCCAGGAAUUGAAACAGAGCUUGAUAAUCUGAAAACUGAUAACAACUUUUUGAAAGUAGAGAUCUUGAAACUGAGAGAGCAGCAACAGGACUCACGUAACCAACUAACCAUGGUUGAAGAGCGCGUUCGCUGUGCUGAGUGUAAGCAGCAACAGAUGUUCUCUUUUCUGACCAAAAUGUCUAGAAACCCUACCUUCGUUCGACAGUUUGUCCAGAAAAGAAUGCUUAGAAAGGAGCUGAAUGGGAAUGAGUUCGGGAAGAAACGAAGACUGCCAGCGAUGCAAGACCGUGAAAGCAUCGAGCUUGAUGGUGCUUGGGAUAUUAAUUGUGAAAACAAUGUCCAAGUUCAAGAUGAGCUGCUGAACAUGCAGUCUGAACUCACUGAAAUGUUUCCAGAAGUCAUGGAACCCGGACCGGUAGAGACACCAUUCCAAUCUUCGAUCGAUAAUAAACCAAGCGGUUCAAUUCAGACUCAGAAGGUCAUGUUUCCUGACACGGCCGCUGUUUGUAUGCCAGUGCCACCAUCCAAAAUAUUGGGAGACAAUAUGACGGUUGAUGAAGAAUUGACUGCCAAUGACUCCAAAUUUUAUUUGGAAUUGGAGAAUUUGAUCCAGAAGCCUCAUGAUUGCGCAGGUUAUGUACAGAAACAGGUUUUCCAUGGUUGUGUUGGAUCCUUGCCAUGAAUUUUUCAUUGAACAAGUAUGCACGUGUUAUUCCACAAAUGCCAUUGUACGUGAAAUUUGAUGUUACUGUGAUAAAUUUGCAGAUAUGAAGAAAGAAUUCUGCAGUAAUUGGUAAAAGAGGCCCUUUCUAUAGAUGGAGAUUCUUCCUUGGUUUGCUCACUAGUAGCAGCAGAAUAUGAUCAUCUGUUACCAAAAUUUGUAAAUCCAUGCGUUAAGGAAUAUUAUUAGUAGUGGCAUAGUUGUAAUUACUCGAGAAGUUUGCAGAGGGGAAAGGCUAUUUUCUCUUUGAUAUUAUGCUAUUAGCUGUAGUGAUUAUUUUGUGUUAGAUUACUUGGGUGCGCUUCUGUUGGUGAUUUUUUGUGGAGGAUCUGCGCAAGGUUAGGAGUCGUAUAUUAACUGCUAA